GAGAGAAGAGUUUCCCUCCCUUUCUCCAACUCAUUUAUGGCAACUUGGAACUUUUUUUUUUUUUUUUUUGGUAAUUAUAUAUGGUUAGACAGUCCUUUAUCCAGAUCAAAGUUUUCCAAAACACCUGCGUUUUUCUUUUUCAGCUUUGGAGUACGGAAGGUGUGUGUGUGUGUGUGUGUGACGACCACCCAUUUUAUCAAGCGCUGUAGCUCCUCUCACGCGACCGCAGAUGAAGGCGCGACCUCGUGGACCAGUCAGCGUCUCCCGACCCCUCGGAGAGGACUCCGCGAGAAAGCACCGGGUGGUUUCCUAGAAACAUGGUUGAUUGUUGGACUUGAUCUCACAGCCCAGUGAGGACUUCUUUACUGAUAAUGUCAAGUUCAGGAUAUCCUCCCAACCAAGGAGCAUUCAGUACAGAACAAAGUCGUUACCCCCCCCAUUCUGUCCAGUACACCUUUCCUAGUACCCGCCACCAGCAGGAAUUUGCAGUCCCUGACUAUCGUUCUUCUCAUCUCGAAGUUAGUCAGGCGUCACAGCUCUUGCAACAACAGCAACAGCAGCAGCUUCGAAGGCGACCUUCUUUGCUUUCCGAAUUUCAUCCAGGUUCUGACAGGCCUCAAGAAAGGAGAACUGGAUAUGAACAGUUUCACACAGGCCCAUCCCCGGUGGAUCAUGAAUCAUUGGAAUCCAAGCGACCACGUCUGGAGCAGGUUUCUGAUUCUCAUUUUCAGCGUGUCAGUGCUGCCGUUUUACCUUUAGUGCACACACUGCCAGAAGGGUUGAGGUCUUCUGCAGAUGCUAAGAAGGAUCCAGCAUUUGGAGGCAAACAUGACGCUCCCUCUUCUCCAAUCGCUGGGCAACCAUGUGCAGAUGAUCAAAAUGCUUCACCUUCAAAGCUUUCAAAGGAAGAGUUAAUACAGAGUAUGGAUCGUGUUGAUCGAGAAAUUGCAAAAGUAGAACAGCAAAUCCUUAAACUGAAAAAGAAACAACAACAGCUUGAAGAAGAAGCAGCUAAACCUCCUGAGCCUGAGAAGCCUGUAUCCCCUCCUCCAGUUGAGCAGAAACACCGCAGUAUUGUCCAAAUUAUUUAUGAUGAGAAUCGGAAAAAAGCAGAAGAAGCUCAUAAAAUUUUUGAAGGUCUUGGCCCAAAAGUUGAAUUGCCACUCUAUAACCAGCCAUCAGACACCAAGGUGUACCAUGAGAACAUCAAGACUGGAGUACCUGCAAGGCGCAUGAUGAAAAACCAGGUGAUGAGGAAAAAACUCAUUUUAUUUUUUAAAAGAAGAAAUCAUGCAAGAAAACAAAGGGAACAAAAAAUCUGCCAACGUUAUGAUCAGCUCAUGGAGGCUUGGGAAAAAAAAGUGGACAGAAUUGAGAAUAAUCCACGGAGGAAAGCUAAAGAAAGCAAAACAAGAGAGUACUAUGAAAAGCAGUUUCCAGAAAUUCGUAAACAAAGAGAACAGCAAGAAAGAUUUCAGAGAGUUGGGCAGAGGGGAGCUGGUCUUUCAGCCACCAUUGCUAGGAGUGAGCAUGAGAUUUCUGAAAUUAUUGAUGGUCUCUCUGAGCAGGAGAAUAAUGAGAAACAAAUGCGACAGCUGUCUGUGAUCCCACCUAUGAUGUUUGAUGCGGAACAAAGACGGGUCAAGUUCAUUAACAUGAAUGGGCUUAUGGAGGACCCUAUGAAGGUUUAUAAAGAUAGGCAGUUUAUGAAUGUUUGGACUGAUCACGAAAAGGAGAUCUUUAAGGACAAGUUUAUUCAGCAUCCAAAAAACUUUGGACUAAUUGCAUCUUACUUGGAAAGGAAGAGUGUUCCUGAUUGUGUUUUAUAUUACUAUUUAACCAAGAAAAAUGAGAAUUAUAAAGCCCUAGUAAGAAGGAAUUAUGGAAAACGCAGAGGCAGAAAUCAGCAGCAAAUUGCCCGUCCCUCACAAGAAGAAAAAGUAGAAGAAAAAGAAGAGGAUAAAGCAGAAAAAACAGAAAAAAAAGAAGAGGAAAAGAAAGAUGAAGAAGAAAAAGAUGAGAAGGAGGACUCAAAGGAAAAUACCAAGGAAAAGGACAAGACUGAAGGCACAACAGAAGAAACGGAGGAGAGAGAGCAGGCUACGCCCCGAGGACGCAAGACUGCUAAUAGCCAAGGUCGCAGAAAGGGACGAAUAACCAGGUCCAUGACAAAUGAAGCUGCAGCUGCUAUUGCUGCAGCUGCAGCAGCCACAGAAGAGCCCCCACCACCUCUGCCACCACCUGCAGAACCUGUUUCCACAGAGCCUGUGGAAACCUCUCGAUGGACAGAAGAAGAAAUGGAAGUUGCUAAGAAAGGCUUAGUAGAACAUGGUCGUAACUGGGCAGCGAUUGCCAAAAUGGUGGGAACUAAAAGUGAAGCUCAGUGUAAAAAUUUCUAUUUUAACUACAAAAGGCGACAUAAUCUUGACAACCUCUUGCAGCAACAUAAACAGAAAGUGAGUAUAUUAGAGGUGACAUCAAGGAAACCUCGUGAAGAGAGAGAUGUGUCUCAAUGUGAAAGUGUUGCUUCCACUGUUUCUGCUCAGGAGGAUGAAGACAUUGAAGCCUCCAAUGAAGAAGAAAAUCAAGAAGAUAGUGAAGGUGCUGAAAAUAGUUCUGAUACAGAAAGUGCUCCUUCUCCUUCACCAGUUGAAACUGUCAAGCCCAGUGAAGACAGCAGUGAAAAUGCUGCUUCCCGAGGAAACACCGAACCUGUGGCCGAGCUCGAGUCCACCACUGACCCAGCGGUACCCCGUGCAUCUCCCUCCUCAGCAGUUCCAAGUACAAAGCCAGCUGAGAGUGAAAGUGUGGAGAUGCAGGCAACUGAAGGCACCAGUGUUGAGACAACGGAGCCGAUGGAUGUGGACCACCAGGAGUGUGGUGCUGAAGCAGGUUCUGUUCAUGAUCCCCCAGCCACUACUAAAGCAGACUCUGUGGAUACUGAAGUGAGGCUGCCAGACAGCAGUGCAUCUAAAGGUGUAGGAGAUACCAAAGAAAGAGACUUGGAGCGAGCCAGUGAGAAAACAGAGCCUAGAGAUGAAGAUCUGGUGGUGGCUCAGCAGAUAAAUGCCCAAAGGCCCGAGCCCCAGUCAGACAAUGACUCCAGUGCCACAUGCAGUGCUGAUGAAGAUGUGGAUGGAGAGCCUGAGAGGCAGAGAAUAUUUCCUAUGGAUGCAAAGCCUUCAUUGUUAAAUCCCACUGGAUCUAUACUAGUCUCAUCUCCAAUAAAACCAAAUCCAUUGGACCUGCCACAGCUUCAGCAUCGAGCUGCUGUUAUCCCACCCAUGGUUUCCUGUACCCCAUGUAAUAUGCCAAUUGGAACCCCUGUGAGUGGCUAUGCUCUCUACCAGCGACACAUUAAGGCAAUGCAUGAGUCUGCACUCCUGGAGGAACAGCGGCAGAGGCAAGAACAGAUAGAUUUGGAAUGUAGAAGUUCUACAAGCCCGUGUGGCACUUCCAAGAGUCCAAACAGAGAGUGGGAAGGAAAAUCAGUCGCCUAUAUGCCUUAUGCUGAGGUCACACGUGCUCUAGAACAGGAAGCACAGAUGCACAGUACCGCAGCAAGGUCAGCCUCACCGUGUAGGCUCUCUCCAAGAGAAGUCAGUAAAGCCGCUCCACAGCCUGAUAGGAGUACAGCCCGCUAUAGUGUCCCGCCAGUCCUUCAACCUGCUCCACAUCAAGUGAUAACUAAUCUCCCUGAAGGGGUUCGACUUCCAACAACAACUCGACCAACCAGGCCCCCACCUCCUCUCAUCCCAUCAUCUAAAACCACAGUGGCUUCAGAAAAACCAUCCUUUAUAAUGGGAGGCUCCAUCUCACAGGGAACACCAGGCACUUACCUGACUUCUCAUAAUCAAACUUCCUAUCAAGAAACAGCUAAGCCCUCGGUGGGCUCUAUCUCUCUUGGAUUGCCACGACAGCAGGACUCUUCCAAAGCAGCUGCUUUGCCCUACAUCAAACAGGAGGAAUUUUCUCCCCGAAGCCAGAACUCGCAACCUGAGGGUUUAUUGGUCAGGGCCCAGCAUGAAGGCGUGGUCAGAGGUACCUCAGGAGCCAUCCAAGAAGGAAGUAUAACUCGGGGAACUCCAUCCAGCAAAAUUUCAGUGGAGAAUAUCCAGUCCCUAAGGGGCUCUAUCACUCAGGGGACCCCAGUUGGAUCCCAGACUGGUAUACCAACUGAGGCUUUGGUGAAGGGAUCAAUUUCCAGGAUGCCCAUGGAAGAGAGCAGUCCUGAGAAAGGCAGAGAGGAAGCUACUUCCAAAGGCCAUGUUAUUUAUGAAGGCAAGAGUGGACAUAUCUUAUCAUAUGAUAAUAUUAAGAAUGCCCGAGAGGGUACUAGGAGUCCAAGAACAGCUCAUGAAAUCAGUUUAAAAAGAAGCUAUGAAUCAGUGGAAGGAAAUAUAAAACAAGGGAUGUCAUUGAGGGAGUCUCCUGUAUCAGCACCAUUAGAGGGGCUGAUAUGUCGUGCAUUACCCAGGGGUAGCCCUCAUUCUGAUCUCAAAGAAAGAACUGUACUGUCUGGCUCCAUAAUGCAAGGCACACCAAGAGCAACAUCUGAAAGCUAUGAAGAUGGCCUUAAAUAUCCCAAACAGAUUAAAAGAGAAAGUCCUCCUAUCCGAGCAUUUGAAGGUGCCAUUACCAAAGGAAAACCAUAUGAUGGCAUCACUACCAUCAAAGAAAUGGGGCGCUCUAUUCAUGAAAUUCCACGGCAAGAUGUUCUAUCUCAGGAAAGCCGAAAAACUCCAGAAGUAGUCCAGAGCACAAGGCCAAUAAUUGAAGGUUCCAUUUCCCAGGGUACACCAGUAAAGUUUGACAGCAACUCAGGUCAAUCCGCCAUCAAACACAAUGUCAAAUCCUUGAUCACGGGGCCUAGCAAACUACCCCGAGGAAUGCCUCCACUGGAAAUUGUACCAGAGACCAUAAAAGUAGUAGAAAGGGGAAAAUAUGAAGAUGCUAAAGCAGGUGAACCAGUGCGUUCUCGUCACAUGUCCGUGGUGAGCUCUGGCCCCUCCGUUCUCAGGUCUACACUUCAUGAAGCUCCCAAAGCACAGCUGAGCCCAGGGAUUUAUGAUGACUCCAGUGCUCGCAGGACUCCUGUGAGUUAUCAAAGCACCAUGUCCAGAGGCUCACCCAUGAUGAACAGAGCCUCUGAUGUUACAAUUUCUUCUAGCAAGUCGACCAAUCAUGAAAGGAAGUCAACACUGACCCCAACCCAAAGGGAAAGCAUACCAGCCAAGUCUCCAGUGCCUGGAGUGGAUCCUGUUGUGAGUCACAGCCCAUUUGAUCCCCACCAUAGAGGCAGUGCGGCAGGGGAGGUUUAUCGGAGUCACCUUCCCACGCACUUGGAUCCAUCCAUGCCCUUUCAUAGAGCUCUUGAUCCUGCUGCUGCUGCUUACCUGUUUCAGAGACAGCUUUCACCUACUCCAGGCUACCCCAGUCAGUACCAGCUUUAUGCUAUGGAGAACACAAGACAGACAAUCCUAAAUGAUUACAUUACCUCACAGCAGAUGCAGGUGAACUUGCGCCCUGAUGUAGCCAGAGGACUCUCCCCACGCGAACAGCCCCUGGGUCUCCCAUACCCACCAACAAGAGGAAUCAUUGACCUGACCAAUAUGCCUCCAACAAUUUUAGUGCCUCAUCCAGGGGGAACAAGCACUCCUCCCAUGGACAGAAUUACUUAUAUUCCUGGUACACAGAUUACUUUCCCCCCCAGGCCAUACAACUCUGCUUCGAUGUCUCCAGGACACCCAACACACCUUGCAGCUGCGAGCGCUGAGCGGGAGCGGGAAAGGGAGAAGGAGCGAGAAAGGGAACGGGAACGGAUUGCAACUUCUUCUGACCUUUACCUGCGGCCAAGCACAGAACAGCCGGGCCGACCUGGAAGUCAUGGAUAUGUCCGCUCCCCCUCCCCUUCUGUAAGAACUCAGGAGACCGUGUUACAACAAAGACCCAGCGUUUUCCAGGGAACCAAUGGAACCAGUGUAAUCACUCCUUUGGAUCCAACUGCUCAGCUACGGAUCAUGCCACUGCCUGCUGGAGGCCCUUCAAUAAGUCAAGGCCUGCCAGCUUCCCGUUACAACACUGCUGCGGAUGCCCUGGCUGCUCUUGUGGAUGCUGCAGCUUCUGCACCCCAGAUGGAUGUUUCCAAAACAAAAGAGAGUAAGCAUGAAGCUGCCAGGUUAGAAGAAAAUUUGAGAAGCAGGUCAGCAGCAGUUAGUGAACAGCAGCAGCUAGAGCAGAAAACCUUGGAGGUGGAGAAGAGAUCUGUUCAGUGUCUGUACACUGCUUCAGCCUUUCCAAGUGGCAAGCCCCAGCCUCACGCCUCAGUAGUGUACUCUGAGGCUGGGAAAGAUAAAGGGCCUCCUCCAAAAUCCAGAUAUGAGGAAGAGCUAAGGACCCGAGGGAAGACUACCAUUACUGCAGCUAACUUCAUAGACGUGAUCAUCACCCGGCAAAUUGCCUCGGACAAGGAUGCGAGGGAACGUGGCUCUCAAAGUUCAGACUCUUCUAGUAGCUUAUCUUCUCACAGGUAUGAAGCACCUAGUGAUGCUAUUGAGGUGAUAAGUCCUGCCAGCUCACCUGCACCACCCCAGGAAAAACUGCAGGCCUAUCAGCCAGAGAUUGUUAAGGCAAACCAACCAGAAAGUGACCCCGCAAGACAGUAUGAAGGACCGCUUCAUCACUAUCGGCCUCAGCAGGAGUCGCCGUCUCCACAGCAGCUGCCGCCUGCAUCCUCCCAAGCAGAAGGGAUCGGGCAAGUGCCCAGGACCCAUCGCCUGAUCACGCUUGCUGAUCACAUCUGUCAAAUUAUCACACAAGACUUUGCUAGGAAUCAAGUUUCCUCACAGCCUCCCCAGCAGCCUACCACUUCUACAUUCCAAAAUUCACCCACUGCUCUGGCAACCACACCUGCAAGGACUAAGUCAAGUCGAUACAGCCCAGAGUCCCAGUCUCAGUCUGUUCUCCAUCCAAGACCAGGUUCCAGAGUCUCUCCAGAAAACCUUGUGGACAAAGCCCGGGGAAGCAGGCCUGGAAAAUCUCCUGAGAGGAGUCACAUUUCGUCAGAACCCUAUGAGCCCAUCUCUCCACCCCAGGUUCCAGUUGUAAAUGAGAAGCAAGACAGCAUGCUGCUCCUAUCACAGAGGGGUGUGGAGCCUGCAGAGCAGAGGAAUGAUUCUCGCUCACCAGGGAGUAUAAGCUACUUGCCUUCAUUCUUCACCAAGCUUGAAAACACAUCACCCAUGGUUAAAUCAAAGAAGCAGGAAAUUUUUCGUAAGUUGAACUCCUCUGGUGGAGGUGACCCUGAUAUGGCAGCUGCUCAGCCAGGAACUGAGAUCUUCAAUUUGCCAGCAGUUACUACUUCAGGCUCAGUAAGCUCUAGAAGCCAUUCUUUUGCUGAUCCUGCCAGUAACCUUGGUCUAGAAGACAUUAUCAGGAAGGCCCUCAUGGGAAACUUUGAUGACAAAGUUGAGGAUCAUGGAGUUGUCAUGUCUCAACCUGUAGGAAUAGUGUCUGGUAGUGUCAGCACCUCAGUUGUGACCAGCAGUGAGACACGGAGAGAUGACGGGGACCCAUCACCUCAUUCAGGAGUUUGUAAACCAAAGUUGAUCAACAAGUCAAACAGUAGGAAAUCGAAAUCUCCUAUUCCUGGUCAAGCCUACUUAGGAACUGAGCGGCCAUCUUCAGUCUCCUCGGUGCAUUCAGAAGGGGACUACCACAGGCAGACCCCAGGAUGGGCCUGGGAAGACCGGCCGUCUUCAACAGGCUCAACUCAGUUUCCAUAUAACCCUCUCACCAUGCGGAUGCUCAGCAGCACACCACCGACACCCAUCGCAUGUAACCCGUCGGCUGUAAGUCAAGCAGCUCCCCACCAACAGAACCGGAUCUGGGAGCGGGAGCCUGCACCGCUCCUCUCAGCACAGUACGAGACUCUGUCCGACAGUGAUGACUGAACUGCGCAGUGAAGGGACUUAGAGACAGGGUGGGUAGAGAUGGCGUGGAGGCAGGUCUAGUGGUUGGCCAGUUUUUAAAACUGCGGGUCAAAAAUCUGCCCCCUUGUGAUUUGUGCCCAGAGACUUCUCAGCAGAGCCAAGGCGUCAAUUGACGAAGAAAUGACUGAAAUUCACUUGUAAAGUCAAAAUGAGGGGGAAGAAAUACUGCCUCUGAUACAGGCAAUUCAGUGGAUGAUAAUAGUGGAGGGUUGGAAUGUAGAGUUUCUAAAAAAGUGGACAAUUCCUGUUCUUAUAUCUGUUUGUAAAGAAGAGCAUAAUGUCUUUGAAUCACUUUUCUGUAAAUAGAUGACCUUUUUGCAGUGUAUCCCCUUGCUGUAGUAUCUGGUGUACUUACAUGCAAAUCAGUGUAUCAAUGUUGGGGGUAAUUUUAAAAAAAAUAUCUUUUCAUCUAUCUUUUUUAACCCUUCUAAACAACCUCAUACAGCCUAGUUACAUAACGUUGGCUGUCACGGGCAUUGUACUUUUUAUCUGAUUUUAUUUCCUCUAAAUUUAGCUUCCCAGUGAUCUUGUGGGAAAUGUGUAGAUUUUUAACAGACUGUCAUAUAAAAUCUAGACAUUAAGGUCAAAAGGUAGGAGCAACAAAAUUCUGACAUUUUGUAAAUUUCCAGUGCAGGUUAAUUUUUUUUAGCAACACUGAAAAAAUAUUGCUGCAUGGGUAUAUUAUAGUUCAGUUUUUAGUUUUAAAGGCUUAAUUGAGGCAUACCUCACUGUUAUGCACACUGGUGAUUUAACCAUGCCCCUUAAGUAUUCCUUUUCUUCUGCAUUUGAUGCAGCCCAACAGAGCUUUUGUUCUGAAAUAAAUUUGACUACCCUGUCCAUA